AUGGCUGAAGAUAACGAACGCGCGUAUGCAACCGUAGUUCAGGUAUAUAGUCCGUUACAAUUAGUGAAGCCGACUGGAGUAACCCACAUGAAAGGUGAUGUCGUCACAAAACCCGAAUACGAAUCGCGUCACGCGGAGUGGUUUCACCAAAAAGAAAAGCAAGCAAAUUUUCGGACUUCUAGUCACCAUUCCCUCCCAACUGCCCUGCGUAGGAUCAUGGCGUGGGCUGUCAGUAUUCGGAAGGCCUAUACAAAGACCAAGCGCAGUUCCGAGGAUAGCCCACUGGGGGCGCGAAAAACCGACACAGCAAUUCUAGAGGGGCAGCAAAACAGGUUUCCCCUUGGCAACAGUUCAGCCGACCCCAAACUUAUGGUCCAUUCGAUGGUAGUUAUGGUUCCUUGGACUCUUGAAAGCAGGUAG